AGUUUUUGUUUUCUCAUGAGGACGCUGGAGAAGUCGACUAUGAUCAUUGUGUAACUGGACAUGGAGUAAUUCAGAGUCAUGUGACUGAUAACAGUCGUGGAGAUAAACAGACUUUAUAACUCUCAGCUGGAGUACAAAACGUACAAAAUUGUGCAAGACAAGUGAGGAGCAACAAUUUCCGCUAAAGAGCUACAAGCUAAUUAAAGAUGGUGUCACUGAUGUGCACUCUUCGACAGCACUCGGACGAGGUGAGCUGUUGUGCCUUCUCCCCGUCUCUCCUCGCGACCUCCUCAGGUGAUAAAACUCUCCGUGUUUAUAACACAGCUGACUUCUCGGAGCUUCCCUUCUCUCCUCUCUCGGGUCAUGGCUACGGGGUUCACUGUUGCUGCUUCAGCUCCUGCGGAAGUCACCUGUUCAGCUGCUCUACGGACGGCUCCGUCAUCGUGUGGAGCUCGGAGACAGGUGAGGUGUCCGCGGCGCUGCAUCACCCGGGCCGCAGUCCGCUCCGAGUCUGCGCAGUGGCCCCUGACUCCUCCCACCUGCUGGCAGGGGCCUGUGACGGCACCGUGGCCCUGUGGGACUUCUCCUCCAAGACACUACGCAGAUGCAGUGCUGCUAGUGAGGCCAGUGUUGUGGCCUGCUGCUUCUCCCCCUGUGGUCAGAUGUUUGUGACGGGCUGCACCUAUGGAGACCUCAAACUCUGGGAUGUCAUGGACAUGAACCUGCUGCAUGCUGAGAAGGACACUCAUGACCUGGGAGUCGCCUGCUGCAGCUUCGCACAACAAUUUAAAAUUGAUGGCUGCUGUGUGGAGUUUCGACUGGCCUCCUGUGGGCAGGACAGCCAGCUGAAAAUAUGGAUUGUUUCCCAGAGUGAAGGAGCAGCCUGUGCCAUGAAGCUGCUUCACACCCUCAGCAGCCAGUCAGCUCCAGUACUGUCCUGUGCCUUUUCUCCUCAUGGAGAGAGGGUCGUCUCAGGUUCAGUGGAUAAAAGUGUUGCAAUAUAUGAUGUGAACCUGGGAACUCUGCUCCACACUCUGAAACACCAUGACAGGUACGUGACGGCUGUUGCUCUGUCUCCCACUAUGCCAUGGAUUGCAACUGGCUCCAUGGACAGAACCGUAAACGUGUGGAGAAUGGAAGAUGAAGUCCACAGCUCUGGAGCCCAAUCACAGCAGACAGUGUGCCAAGGAAGGAAGUUGCUGGGUCACUCCAGGCUGCUGCUUACUGAUUGGUCAGAGGAGGAUGUGCAGACUUGGCUGUGUGAGGAAGGUCUGCAGGAACUCGUCAGCGUCUUUAAAAGCAACAACAUGGAUGGGCCAGAGCUCAACAAGCUGAACAAGGAAACGGCAGCAGAGCUGGGAAUCGAAUCUUUGGGCCUCCGCGGUCGCUUCCUGAGGAAGAUUGAGGCCCUGAAGGCAGAGCAGAGCGGGUCAGAGGCUCCUGAUGAGUUUCUGUGUCCCAUCACCAGAGAGUUGAUGAAGGAUCCAGUCAUUGCUUCAGAUGGGUAUUCCUAUGAGAGAGAGUCUAUUGAGAGCUGGGUCAGAGGCAGGAACAAAACGAGCCCCAUGACCAACCUGCCCCUGCAGACCUCGCUCCUCACCCCCAACAGAUCUCUGAAGAUGGCAAUCUCACGCUGGAAGUCUAGCCAGUAAACAGCAGCUUUUCUUUUAGAGCUAGAAUCCAACUCACCAGGUUCUUAAUGAUUUAACAUUAAGUUUACAUCAAAUAACAGUCUUAUUUAAUUGAAGGAAUGAAUUACUAUUAUUGGUUAUAUUUAGGGAACAGCAACAAAUAUCUGAAUAUCAGGUCUCAAUUAAGAUCACAAAAAACCUACAUACAAGCUAAAUCUUUAUACUGUGUUUGAAAUCAAUCAAAGCAUCACUGUGCAGUUUUUUACAAAUGACACUUCCUUCCUCUGAAAUAAAAAGUUGCUGCUGCAGCUAAUGUGCAUCAGCUGUACUGUGUGUCAGAGUAAAAGUCAGCAGACCUGUU